AUGGGCUGGCGUGUUAAGCAGUUCACUAUCCUGGCCAAGAUCUCUCCUGUCAUCAAGAUAUGUAUCACUCAGGAUACCCAUGACGUCAUCCUAGUCUUCUACAAGAACGGCCUGGUGAAGGUCUUCGAGCACAUCCAACCGACCGAGAGCAACAUCCACCCGUGGCACAAGAGAGGACAGUUCACCCUGGGUACGGACACCAACGACGCUUGCGUCAAGAGUGCCAUCUGCUGUUCAACGCAAGGCAAGAGGCUUGUAUGGGUUGAGGAACGGAAGGAGGCCGGGGCUUCGGGGAGUGGUGCAGAGCAGUGUCUGCUUACUGCAGAGUUGGAACCCUAUUGCAAGGGCAUCACGUCAUCCACGUUGCUUCUGUCUGGGUGCAUGACUGAGCUACAACUAGCCGCAAACUACAAUGGAGAAUGCAUUACAGUUCUUCCCAGUCAACCCAGUCCAGCUGGACUCUACUUCAGACUUCAUUUCAAGCCAUCAGACAAGUCACCAGAGCUGGCCACUUCCAUUCUUGGAGAGGGGUGUGUCAAGACGGAUAUUAGUUUCCCUGUAGAUUUCAAGGACCAAGCAGACAACCUGAUACACAUUUGGAGUGAGGUGGCAAAAAGUUCCCACGGUAGAGUAGUUGCCAUGACGAUGGAAGCAAAAACUGGCAAUGUGUUUCUGAUGUCGGACGAUAGGUCGGUGCAUUCAGUUUCAAGGAGUGAAGAAGAGAAAGUAGGAGCAUUUCAUCUCUCCGAUGUCGAUGUCUCAUCCAUCUCAGCCUGGUUUGCUGUGAGGUUCAUGAUAGGUGCAGUCUUCCCUAAAGAAGGAAUGAUUAGAGUCUACAGCUCAGAGUCAGGCACUCUCCUGCAAGAGAUCAACCUAUCUUCCAUCACCUCAGCCGAUACAAUCAACCUAUGGUCCAUACUUGGAAGUGUACCCCAGGUCGGGAUCUGGUCUACGGAUGGCAUCUGGUUAUUACAGAUGCAAGAUGCUUCAAUGGCUGCCAAAGCAGCUGAGCCAAACACAACUCAACAUCUCCAGGACUUGGAACUUAACAAGAUGGCCGCCUCAGUAGAGCUGCAGAAGGUGUACUCAGAAUCGACUGGAGAGGGCGCUGUUGUGUCCGACCCUGAUCUUGACCUUCUUCAAGAUCCCAAAAUCUUCCAGAAUGAAGCCCUUUUAGUAUCUUUGUCUCAGGGUGUGGAUAGUUGCAAACAUCCACAACUAAUGGAAAAGGUUGCCAACUUGCAGAAGAGGUUCAAAGAAAGACCCGAUCCCACCGCUGACACCAAUCUUAACGAGUCGAUGCUUCCGCUCUUGAAAGACUUCUAUCAAACGCAGGAGCAGAGAGAUAACGUGGCGAAGGGAGAGAUGAAAGCAACAGGUGGACCAACCCUAUCAGCUGAGGUGAAGGAGGCUCUGGAUGUGAACUCAAUCAUUCCACUAGCAUUACGGCUCGGUAAACUAGAGCUCCUCUCUCAGCUGUACCCCGAGAAGCUCCUCCAAUGUGUCCUUAAAGAACUGGACCUAGAGACAGCAAUGGAAAGUGGUCUAAAUGGGGAAGAUGGGAAACCAACAGAAAUCCUCAAACACUGGUCACUGUGCAGUCCCGAGACAGAAGAGGGUGCUAGAUUUCUGAAGAUGUUUUGUCGUCUUCUGUUCAUCCACCAGCCAUCAAAAGUGGUGGAUGUUGUCAAGUUCUUUCAACAGUUACACCACACAGCUUCUGACAUGUCAGCUUUCACCAGGAAGAGGCACGGGUUAUCCGUGAGUGGGAUGAUCCUAGAAGUUCUACCGAACCCGACCCAAUCCACCGACAUCACGGAGGCAGUCACAGCCCAAGCUCAUCUCAUUCAAGACAGUGACGAGAGCCAUGGAGCAAUGAGAGCCCUUCAGCUGCUUCUCAGUCAUUCUCUCUGGCAAGAUGCAAUGCGUGUUGUGGAAGGUCACGACCUUCAGGACAGCCAAUCACAUCGCGAGCUCUUCUAUGUCUUACUCUGUGCAAUGCUGCUGGACUCUUCCGCCCUUCAAGAACACAGCCGGAGACUGUGGGAGUGUCUCCCACCUUCAAUCUCAGCACUGAAUAUCCUGCAAACUCUACAGAUCAACCAAGACAGCGUCAAGAACCAACUGGGAUUACAGAGGGACUCACCAAGACAAUCCAUGCAGGUUCCUGGCCUAACGACUGCGCUCCUGAAAGAGCAACUGAUACAGAUGUUGGCCCAUGAAUCUGUAUAAAAGGUCUAAAUUUCAUUGCAUGGAAAUUAGGUUGGAUUCUUUGUAAGCCGUCUUAGUCAUUGCAAGAACUUGAGUUCACCUCCAGACUACAAAGAGAAUCAAUUUGUAUGUUAUCAAUUUUUGUUCAGAUACAUGUGUAUAUAUAUAUUUCUUAUGUAGUUAAGACAGAUGUCUAUAAUGUGUUAUUUUUGUGUAACUGA